GCCCCCUCCGACGAGCCAGUCGUAUCUCCACUCGUCGGCGAGUGAGUCGAGCGGCCGCACCGCCACAUCCCGCCGCCUCCGACAGCUCGUCGCCUCGGCCCCUCGAACCUCCUCACCACCACCACCUCCACCUCCUCCACCUCCACCACCGGCAGCAGCAGCAGCAGCAGCGGGGGCUUCCGUCAGAACGCUCGCCCGCGAGAGAGCAGAGCCAUGGCCCGCGUGGUGGUCGACGGGAUGCCGGAGUCGGCCGGCGGAGGAGCGGUGUUCACCCGGCGGAGGAGCAAAGCGCGACGGAGGAAGCGAAAGGAGUUGUUCGCCGUCCAGAUGUGCUUCGCGGCGACGCUGCUGGGGCUCGUCGCCGGGCUCCAGUGGGUGGCACAGCGGGCAGGAUAUCAUGUCUCCAGAUCUGCGGUCGUGGAGGAGGCGAGGUGGGGCAGCCGUCACCUUCUACAGGACGUCUAUGACAACGAGUCCAAGCUCUACUCGGAGCCUGAAAAAAACUGCACUGAACCAGCGAUCCACGAGUUCCCCAGGGAUUACUUCACCAACCAGGAGCGAGCUGAGGGAGCCGUGGGUCUGCACGUCCUUUGUGCAGUCUACAUGUUCUAUGCCUUGGCUUUGGUGUGUGACGACUACUUUGUCCCUUCACUGGAGAAGCUAUGUGAGCGUCUUCAUCUGAGUGAAGAUGUGGCAGGAGCGACCUUCAUGGCAGCAGGCAGUUCAGCUCCUGAGCUGUUCACCUCUGUCAUUGGAGUGUUCAUCACUAAAGGUGACGUUGGGGUGGGCACCAUCGUGGGCUCCGCCGUCUUCAACAUCCUCUGCAUUAUCGGAGUGUGUGGGAUAUUCACCGCACAGACGAUCCAUCUGACCCGCUGGCCUCUGCUCAGAGACUCCGCCUACUACACCCUGUCUAUCACCGCUCUCAUCGUGUUCAUAUAUGACGAAAAAGUGGUUUGGUGGGAAGCUCUGACGCUGAUUCUGAUGUACUUCGUCUACAUUUUGAUCAUGAAGAUGAAUUCCCACAUCGUUCAUUUUCUGGAGAGGAGGAAGAAGAACGCGCCCAGUUUGAGGAACGGAGCCGCCAGUAAUGCUGAGCUAGAUGACGGCUGCGAUGCGACUUCUGUCCUACUGAAGAAAGCGAACCACCACAGGAAGCCAUCAGUGCUGAUGGUGGACGAGCUGCUGUCGGCGUACCCCCACCAGUUCUCCUUCUCCGAGGCCGGCAUGAGGAUCAUGAUCACCAGCCACUUCUCCCCCAGAACCCGCCUCACCAUGGCUUCACGUAUGCUCAUCAACGAGAGGCAGCGUCUGAUCAACACACGCACUUUGACCAACGGUGACUCGGAUGUUCAGGCGAAAGGAGGAAGCAGAAGGGGCGUAGAGAACGGGCUGUCCGGGGCGGCAGAGAGAGGCGUCGGCGGUCGCCACGAUGACCGAGAGGCGGGCAACGAGACGGAGAACGAGGACAACGAGAACAACGAGAAUGACGAGGAGGAAGAGGAGGAGGAUGGAGAGGGACCCUUCGUCCCCUUCAAGUGCCCAGGGGGAGUGUGUAACAAGCUGAAAUGGCUGCUGGCCUGGCCGCUGUGUCUGCUGCUGUACUUCACCGUCCCCAACUGCUCCCUCCCUCGCUGGGAGAACUGCUUCAUGUUGUCCUUCUUCUUAUCCACCUUGUGGAUCGCCGGCUUCUCCUACAUCAUGGUCUGGAUGGUAACAGUUAUCGGCUUCACGCUCGGGAUCCCAGACGUCAUCAUGGGCAUCACCUUCUUGGCAGCUGGCACCAGCGUACCUGACUGCAUGGCCAGCCUUAUCGUGGCAAGACAAGGAAUGGGAGACAUGGCGGUGUCCAACUCCAUCGGCAGUAACGUGUUUGACAUCUUGGUGGGGCUCGGCCUCCCCUGGGCCCUGAAGACCCUGGCUAUCAACUACGGCUCUGACAUCAAGCUGAACAGCAAAGGACUGAUCUUCUCCGUGGGGCUCCUGUUGGCGUCCGUGUUUAUCACAGUCCUUGGAGUUCACCUCAACAAGUGGACGUUGGACAAGCGCUUCGGCUUCAUGUGUCUCCUCCUCUACUCCGUCUUCCUGUGUUUCUCCUGCCUCAUCGAGUACAACAUCUUCACCUUCGUGAACCUGCCAACCUGCCGGGAUGACUGAGACACACACACGCAUGUACACACACACACACACAAACACACACACACGCACACACACGCACGCACGCACACACGCACUAGAAGCGGAUGAAUGGCAGGUCCCACUGAAGCCAGGUGUGGUCACACAGGUGUGGUCACACAGUGUCUCCUGAGGGUGGAGGUCCCACUCUGCUCUCGGCUCAGGGCGCGUUGCGGAGCCUCUCUGGUGUUUGCUCGUCGCCGGUGUGUGGGAUCGAUCCGAGGAGACUCUUCACCGGCCCUCGCACAGGGCAGCACUGACCACAACAACUAUGACACACACACACACACACACACACAUAAAAAAAGACUUAUUUUCAAACUUCCCGUGUUUAGGUGUAAAAGUUGUGAUGUUUACUAGCUGCUAACCUUUCCCCGAGAGGAAAAGGUGUGUCUUUUAGAUCUACUAGUUUAAUAAUGAUGAAAGCAAUGAUGUGGGGGGGGGGGGGUCCAGUUGUCGAAACUAAGUUAGAGCCCCAAGUCAGAGUCUUCAGGCAGAGAAUCUGUUCUGCAGACGAGCACAUUUCUCCAGACACCAUUACCGUAGGACUAUUAUGUUUAUAUGUUCAUAAUUCCUUUUAGACAUAUAGCUACAAAACACAACUGCACAUCCCCCUGCAGAGCUGCGGGGCAUUAUCCUGUCCCCUUUUGAUGGAUUCACGUCGGUAAGGUCACAGCUGGAGCCGACACCUUCUGCGUUGGAACUACAUUAGCUUAAUGGAGCGUUCUUUUUUUUCUCGUCCUUUUCCUUCUGUAAAUAGUGCACCUCUGUAAAUAACCCCCAGAUUCUUCUAUUUAUUAUUUAUUCACGUCAUACGCACAUUGCUCCUCUGGAGGUCAUAGGUUUUAUUUAUGGAGCCAGGGUUGAUAAAAAAAAUUAAAAAAAAUGAGAUGAGUUCAGACGACCACUCGUGUAAAAACAAGCACAAAGAUAUUUGUCCUGGCGAUUUCAAUAAUGACUUGAUUUUAGAUGCUUAAGUGUGUGUGUGUGUGUGCGCGUGCGCGUGUGUGUGUGCGAGCGAGUGUGUAAACUAGAGAAUUCAAACUUGCACUGAAGAUCUUAACCUCACAGGGUUCCUGCUCCUAAUGCGUGCUGAUUAUAAGGUUGUGAUCCUUGUAAAAUGAAGCAGGUUUGUGUUGAAAUAAUCACGUCGAGGUUUCAGGAAGCAGAUGUUGUAUUUUAUUAUUACCACUUUAUUUAUCCACUUGUAUCUCAAAAAAACAAACAACACUGACCAAAUAGACUCAAAACAGUGGCGGCAUUUUUUCGAAACAACAGCCAAGUGAGUUGGACGAGGUGUGUGUGUGUGUGUGUGUGCUUGUGUGCGUGUGUGCGCGUGCGUGUGCGUGUGUGCGUGUGUCCUGCUCGACGUUUAAGAGGUAGUAUUGUAGGAGUAGAGUGAAGAUGCAAAUAUAAAGCAUCAGGACUUUUAUCCCAGCUCGAAUACUGUACGGUCGGGGACUUUUCGACUUUGUUUCUAAAUCCAGGAUUUCUUUGUACUUUGUAAAUGCCUAAUGUCUUAGAUUUGUCCAGGUAUGGUAGGUUUGUGGUACAUAAAUAAUCCCUACUAGUUUUUAGAGCAUGUACAGUGUGGUUCGUGAAAAAACCCUACGGGAGAUUUUUUUAUUUCCACCGCGGGGAGACAAGACACGCCAGCAAAGUCCCUCUCUCUUCCGCCACUGUCGAUUCUCUCACAGUCUCCAUCCAAGUGUCAGCCGCUCGUCCAGAUUUGAAAACGUCAAGUGCCCUGCGCCUGUUUGUCUCUCACCGAGGUGAAGACGACGCGGAACAAAAAAAAUCUCAUUUGUUUCGGGUACAUUUUUUUAAUUUAUUGAUCAGUAAUAUAAAAUAUCAAUUCUGAGAAACUAUUGUCUUUUGAAUGUAGAAAUGAUUAAUGUUGUUUUUUUUGGGGGGGGAUAUCACGCAUAUUUAUUUAGUUCAGAGACACAGGCACUCUGACGUGACCGGAACACAGGGUUUAAAAAAACAACAACAAACGUGUUGUGAAUCUUCUGAAAUGCAAUAACUGAGCUUACAAAUAUGUAAAUAUGCUGCUUUAAGGAUCAAAGACACAUUUAUAACAGAGUUUUAAAAGAAGAUGUCAAGUGACGUCUUGUCAGUAUGCGACACUGUAACAGCCCGUCAGUCUUUGCGAAAUCGAUUUAUCAGAACAAGACUGUUAAUAUCAUCACAACACCGAGUGACACAAUCAUCAGUGAGCUGGACGGUUUAUGGAAACUGGUGUUUAUGUCUAUGCGAGUAUUUUCUCUUUAGCCAUGACCACGUCAUAUCAGGCUGGAAGUGUCACUGGAUUUCAGUAACAGCUUUUUUUCAAGAGAGAGUGUGUUACACAGGUCCCAUGAUUUUCCUAAUAAUUUUCUUAGAACGCCGUCUGAAAUAAAUAAAAUCUGAUCUAAUAAUCUAAUCUCUGGUACUAAUUAUAGGGAGGAGAGAAAUAAAGACGUGGCACAGUUUUCUCUUGGAUCAUAGUCACUUACUCCGCCUUUAAACUGGCAGUUAUUAACUGUGGACUGGACGACAGUCUGAAUAAGACGCUGCCAUGCGAACGGCCCUUUUCUGAUCACGUCAUAGUCGGAAUAAGCAAUAAUGGAAUGAAGGCGUGGGCGUUUCCCCGAUCUUAUUCACAUUGUGCAGACACGUGUCCGUCUUAAGAUAACAUCACAACGUCCUGCUUCCAACUUCUUCACGUCAUAAUCGCACUGUGCUCUCUAAUAUGGAAAAUUCUAUUUGGAACUCAUGAAAUCACCAUGAUCAACAUUAUGUCUUAUUCAGAUUUAGGUCAGUAGUCCAUGUAGACGUAGUCA